AUGGCCUGUGUGCAAAUACGGUCUAUUCGCGGGGAAAUUAUGGACGCGGAGGUCCCUAAAGAUUGCACGGUGGGCGACUUGCGUGAGUACCUUAUUGGGUAUUACGGCUACCCGCCGGGUACGUCUCUUGCCUAUGACAGGCACGUUGUUGGGGAUGCCCGCCUCGUGCAGGAGUUCCCGUUUGGGUCGCUUGUUCUUGUCAGUCCGCAGGAUGCGCCCCAGUGGUGUUACCAGGCGCAGCAGGAGCCCUUGAUGAAUCAGCACCAUGAGCCACAAUGGCAGCAGCAGCAGCGUCCUCGAUCACAAUCCAACCAGCAACAGCACCGUGCUCAGCAGCAGCCGUAUAACCAGCAGCAACAACAACCCCACAGCGAGCAGCGUACCGGAUCACGUACGCGGCGGCUGCAGUACCAACCGUAUCACAAAGAAACGCAACAACUGCAACAACAACAACAACAACAAAAUUACGGACAUCAAGCACCGCAACAGACGCGGCAGGAGCCAUAUACUUCCACAUUUUCCAUGGGAGCCCAACAACAACAGUUGCAUAAAAAGCAGCGGCAGCAGCAACAACAAGAACGAGAAGAUCAACAUAGCCUCGAUUCACGUGAUUCAAAGAGUGAAGCGUUAGAUGCGUUUUCUGGAUCUUUGCCCAGUGGGGCACAUUCAAGUUCCAUGCAUUCAGGCGGAAUGAGAACACCACGCGCUAAUAAUGAUAAAAAACAGCCUGUUGGCUUGGGUAAGCGUGCAAAUUCGGAUGCUCAUAUGUCUACUCCACAGCGAAGUCCGUCCCGCACUAAACACGACGAAAAGGAGAUCCCUUUGAACUUGGUCGGGAAUCCUUCUCGUUCAAGUGCUCCAAUAGUGAGCACAUGUGAAACGGGCUCACCGGAGAAGACGCCUCGACUUAAUACACAAGACGCAGGUUUAAGACAUGCGUCGCUGACUUCUCGGGACACCAAUGCGGAGGCGACAAGAGCGCUCUCAGCCCAUACAGGUGACGCGACACCCGUAGCCCCGCAUAUAUCACUCAAGUGUACGGCUCCUGCACUCAAGAAGAACAUUUAUCUGGAGUUGUCCUGCGAUGCCACACUGGGUGACUUGUUGCUGGAGGUCUUGUCUCAAGAACCGCGCCUUGCAGGCGCCAAAGUGGUGUUUCGCGGGAAGCUACUGAGUGGGUCAGAUGUCAAGCUGAAUUCGUAUGGGAUUCAUGGUGGUGCACCUCCCGCUUCCCUGAUUUCAAUAAAUCCUGAUGCGUCCGGCCUGUACACGUUGUACUUUGCAUCCCAUGAAUACAGCGAACCCCAGAAAGUUAUGCUUCUUGAGAUUGAGACGGACACAGUAAGUAUCGAGGCAGCUAUUAAAGACGGAGGCUUAUCAAUGCAUCGACGUAAAGGUUACUAUGAGGAGCUGAUGCGUAUUCUCUUCAGGACGGAUAAUUUGCAGGAUCUUGAAGGUGAAUGGCGUUCCAGGCGAAAGGAUGCUGUAGUGCGGGUAACACAGCUCCAGGACAUGCUAGAUGUAGAGAGUGUUUCCUAA